AUGGAGGCCAAUGGGAGGUUGGAUCAACAGCACCAAGUCAGAAAGCAAAAAAUGGACACAUUCCAAGAUGUAUUCCAGAAAGUAGAGAAGAUUGGGGAGGGCACCUAUGGAGUUGUGUAUAAAGCAAGAAACAAGCAAACAGGCCAGUUAGUUGCUCUGAAGAAGAUCCGACUUGAUUCGGAGACAGAAGGAGUACCUAGUACGGCAAUCAGAGAAAUCUCAUUGUUAAAAGAAUUGAAACACCCAAAUAUAGUGAGGCUCCUUGAUGUAGUACAUAAUCAGAAGAAACUAUACUUAGUCUUUGAAUAUUUGAAUCAAGAUCUUAAAAAGUACAUGGACUCAUCACGUACAGGAGAGCUUCCUCUAAGCUUAGUCAAGAGCUAUCUUUACCAACUGUUACAAGGGGUAAGCUUCUGCCAUUCUCACAGAGUUAUCCACAGAGACCUGAAGCCACAGAAUUUGCUCAUAAAUGAAAUGGGAGCCAUCAAACUAGCUGAUUUUGGCCUAGCUAGAGCUUUUGGAGUUCCCCUACGUACCUACACGCAUGAGGUGGUUACCUUAUGGUAUCGGGCUCCUGAAAUUUUACUGGGUUGUAAAUAUUACUCAACAGCUGUGGAUAUCUGGAGCAUUGGCUGUAUUUUUGCAGAAAUGGUGACUAGAAAAGCCUUGUUUCCUGGAGACUCUGAAAUUGACCAACUAUUCCGGAUUUUCCGCACACUUGGCACUCCUACUGAAUCACUGUGGCCAGGAGUCACAAAUCUUCCUGACUAUAAAGGAAAUUUCCCCAAAUGGCCAAGGAAAGACAUGAAGGUGAUCAUUCCAAACUUGGAUCAAGAUGGACGAGACUUACUGCUGCAACUACUAAUGUAUGAUCCCAACAAGCGAAUCUCAGCCAAAGCUGCUUUGAACCACCAGUAUUUCUGGCAAGCUCCACGGGAUGCUAAACAGUGUGUGGUGGAACAAUAUGGGUCAUGA